AUGGCUCUGAAAAAUUGUUUUUUGUCUGCCUUCUUCGUCAUCAUGUCAUUUUUGUCCAGUUUUUGUUCUUGCAGAAGUGCCAGGUCGCUUAAUGUAACUCUAGCUGGUUAUUCAUCGGCAGUAGCAACAUUUUAUGAAGGGAGUGGCGGAGCAUGCGGAUUUGGAAAUGAAAAUGACAUUGCUCAGCCGCCUUUCUCAAGCAAGAUAGCUGCUGGAAACCGAGCCCUAUUUAAACAGGGCAAAGGUUGCGGCAAUUGCUAUGCGGUGCUAUGCAGUGCAAACGUUUAUAGGGCAUGCUCUGGUUCUCCGGUCAAGAUAACAAUCACAGAUGAGUGUCCCAAUGCCUGCAACAAUGAUCCUGUUCAUUUUGAUUUCAGUUCAACUGCUUUUGGUUACUUAGCAAAGCCAGGCCAGGCCGAUGCUUUGCGCAAACUUGGUAGAAUCAACGUCCAUUUUCAAAGGGUACCAUGCAACUAUGCUAAUCAGAAGAUUGCGUUCAAAGUCGACCCCGGUUCCAAUCGAUACUACUUUUCUGCUGCAAUUGAGUACGAAAAUGGUGAUGGAGACGUUGCUUCUGUGGAGAUCCAAGCGGCGGGAUCCAGGCGGUGGUUUCCGAUGCAACAAGUGUUUGGCGCAACAUACAAGUACAACAUACCAAAGAGGACAAAUGGGCCGUUUUCCAUCAGGUUGACACAAGCUGAAUCCAGACGAAGGCUUGUGGCUCAACAGGCGAUUCCAGCUGAUUGGAAGCCUGGCUCACGUUACAUAUCAUCUGUUAAUUUUUGA